AUGGCUGCUCACUUGAACCCGAUCAUUCCUGGAUUUUCCCCCGACCCUUCAAUCUGCCUGAUCGAUGGCACAUUCUUUCUAGUAAACUCGAGCUUCCACCUCUUUCCGGGGCUGCCCAUUUAUAUGUCAGAUGAUUUGAUUUCAUGGACCCAUAUCGGUAAUGCCGUGAACAGGCCAUCACAACUAUCACUAGGCCGAGCAACCACAUUCCUCGCGCCAUGGGACGAUGGAACAACAAUGGCAGCAACAGGAGGACUUUACGCUCCCACUAUCCGACAUCAUAAUGGUAUCACCUACAUAAUCUGCACGAAUGUCAUUCACGGGCAUUCUAAUUUGCCAGGCGAUGAGCGAAGUGAGCAAUUUAUUCUCCACACAACCGAUAUUCGCUCAGGUAGCUGGUCGGACCCAGUUAUUUUCGACUUCCCUGGAAUAGAUCCGUCUCUCUUUUUCGAAGAUGGACAUACUUAUGUUCAAUUGUGUAAGACAGGGCCUGAGUUUCAUAUUUACAACGUCGAAAUCGACAUCGAGACCGGAAAAAUGAUCACAGAGCCCGCCCUUAUUUGGGAGGGCUGGAAAAGGGGAUAUACAGAAGGUCCACAUAUUUACAAGAAAGAUGAAUGGUACUAUCUUAUGUGUGCCGAAGGAGGUACAUUUAGGUUUCAUAUGCUGAGUAUGGCCCGAUCAAAAAGCAUUUGGGGUCCAUAUGAGCACUAUGACAACAACCCAUUGUAUACGGCGAGCGGCACCGAUCGAUAUGUCCAAAAUACUGGACACGGCGAUCUCUUCCAAGAUGAAGCCGGGGUAUGGUGGGCAGUGUUAUUGGGAGUUCGUUUCAAAGAAGGCCGCUCGAUCAUGGGCCGGGAGACCUUUUUAACGGAGGUGACCUGGCCUGACAAUGAGUGGCCGACGAUUGAGCCCCCAACGGCCGAUAGCUCUCCUGGGCCACAACCCCUUCUACUUGAAUCUGAAGGCUCACAUACGGCACCCUGGGUUUAUGUGAGACACGCCAAGCUAGACCUAUAUCAAAUCAGGGGUAAGAAUAUCACUUUGCAAGCAGAUGCGGUGGAUCUUACCAGCCCUGAUGAAUCCAUCCCGUUCGUUGGGCAGCGACAGCGAAGGCUUCACGGCACUGCGAAAACCACACUGUUCAAUCCACAUGCUUCUACGUCGGUUAGAGCAGGCUUAUGUCUCUAUAAAGAUGAACACCGGUUCUUAGCAAUAUCUUAUGACUUCCAUCUCCAACAAGUCGAUUUCAGAGGGCUGAAUCAAGUAAAAUCAUUCUCGCGACAUGAGAAUCACGCUGUUUCGUGUGAGGACUCUAUGUCUUUCAGGAUUGACUAUACUGAGGCCUCUUUGGAAUUUUCUUUCCAGGCAGAUCGAGGCAAUUGGGAGUCCGUAUCAGCCCUGGACACUGCUAUUCUCACGGAUUAUGAUUUUACUGGGCCAGUCAUCGGAGUUUUUGCCAUUGGAGAUAAUGUCGAGGUAGAAUUCGGGGCCUUUGAGAUUGACAUUGUCUAA